GUUGAUAUGUUGUUUUCAUUAUACUUGUCAAGCUUUGGACAAAAUUGUAUUUGAGAGCAUGACAGACAAGAGCAAGCUCCAUGCCCAGCCACGGUUCUUUAUCUGUGUUGUACCUGACAAGACCAAUAACACCUUGUUUAUUAUUGAUAGUGGUAUUGCCAUGACCAAGGCUGAUUUGGUGAACAAUCUUGGUAUCCAUUCAAGGUUCGAAACCAAGGAAUUUGUGAAGGCAAUGGUUGCUGGGGUUGAUAUCAGCAGGAUUGGACAAUUCGGUGUUGGUUUCUACUCUGCUUAUUUGGUUGCUAAAAAGGUUAUUGUUACCACAAAGCACAAUGAUGAUGAGCAGUAUGUAUGGGAAUCUCAAGUUGAUGGGUCAUUCACUGUCACUAGGGACACCUUUGGUGAAAACUUGGGCAGGGGUACCAAGAUCACACUUUUCCUCAAGGAGGACCAGCAUGAGUACCUUGAGGAGCACUGUCUCAAGGACCUGAUCAAUAAUUACCCUAAGUUCAUUAGUUACCGAAUUUCUCUAUGCGUUGGGAAUACUAGUAAGUAGGGGUGUUUGCGGUGUGGUUUGGUUCAGAUUUUACGAUUUUUUAAACCAAUCCAAUUUAAUUGGUUAAUAAAACAUUUAAACCAAU